UAUGCCGCCAUCUUGGCCGUCAAGCUAGCAUAUGGCCGUAGUAGGUUUUCAAAUGAAAAAUAACAACAAUCAACCCGCGGUGAAUGAACUUUAGUCAAAGAUGGGAAAAGUGUGUGUUGCAGAAGGUUGUCAUAAGCGAGAAGACUUUUCUCCAGAGUUACAUUUUUAUCGUAUACCAAAGGACAAAGAAAGAAGAGCUAAAUGGCUUGCAGUGAUCAAUAGAAAAAAUUGGACGCCGACAGAACAUGACAGGCUAUGUAGUUCUCAUUUCAUUUCUGGGGAGAAAAGUGACCAUGCGCUCUCACCAGACUUUGUUCCAAGUAUUUUCGCAUAUGUAAAAUCUCCAGCUAAGCGAAGAAAAGUGAAAGCCCUUGAUGAUUUCAAUAGACGACAGGCUAUGAAGAAAAGAAAAAUUGACAGUGCAAACCAGUCAACGGCUGCUGCAGCUCUCCUGGAACUCUCAGAUAUCACGCCGACCCCACAACAAUUUGAAAGUGCGACAGACUAUGAGGACUUACAGAAUGAUGACGGUGUGUUGCAUAUUUCAACACAAACUGAAAUUAGUGGCUCCUUCCUAUAUUCUGUUGGUUCUGAUAAUGAAAAACUAAGGGAAGAAAACUUGGCGUUGAAAACAAAAUUAAAAUUUUGUAGUUUUGACGCAAAAACUCUUGAAGGAAAUGAUUCCAAGGUCAAAGACUUGACAGGACUGCCUAAAUUUUCGGUGUUCAUGGCUGUCUUCAGCUUAAUAGAUGAUCAUUUAUCUGAUAAAUGCAAAAUAUCUAAAGUUCAGCAGUUUUUACUAGUUCUGAUGCGGAUGAGGCAUGGGUUAAGCAACCAGUUUUUGGCUUACCUAUUUAAUAUGCAUGAGUCGAGUGUAUCUAGAAUUUUUUUGGACGGCCUUGAUAAAAUGUAUGCCUAUGUAGUCCCAGCUCUGAUUUACUGGCCUGAUAAAGAUAUCAUUAGGCACACUCUUCCAGUUUGCUUCCGCACAAAGUACAAAAAUUGCGUCUCAAUCAUCGAUUGUUUUGAAAUUUUUUGCGAGCGUCCAGCAGAUUUAAGGGCUCGUGCACAAACAUACUCGCAAUAUAAAAGCCACAACACUGUGAAAUUUUUAAUAAGCAUUACUCCCCAGGGUCACAUAUCUUUUAUUUCGAAGGGUUGGGGUGGCAGGACUUCUGAUAAAUUUCUUACCGAACAGUCAGCCUACUUAGAUUAUUUGUUACCGGGGGACACAGUUCUGGCUGAUCGUGGCUUCGACAUUGAAGAUUCUGUAGCAGUGAAGGGAGCGUGCCUGGAAAUCCCCGCUUUUACUCGAGGUAAAAGUCAACUUGAUGCCGUCGAGGUUGAAAACACUAGGGCCAUAGCAUCUGUUCGCAUACACGUAGAAAGAGUAAUAGGCAACCUCAGGAAAAAGUAUACUUUGUUGAAGAGCAUUAUUCCUAUCAGAAUGUUACAGUGCCAGGGAAACACAAAUGUGACAACUCUUGACAAAGUGGUGUUUGUUGCCUGUGCAUUAUGCAAUGCAAUGCCUUCUGUGGUAUCCAGCGAUUGAAAAAACGACAUGCAAGGAUAAUGGAAUUUGUCUACCAAUAUAUACUGUAA